GGGCGCUGUAGAGCAAUCACAUCCGUUUACCUUACGUCACAUCCGUAUACCCUACGUCACAUCCGGGUUUGACCAUCGUGGCGAACGGAAAAGAGCAAACAUUAGCAUCCUACAGAACCAUGGCGGCAGACGGUAAGACGGAGGACUAUCCUUACGAGAUAGACGAGCAGCUUAAAGGUUUCGAAUCGUCGGUGGCCUCUGUCCAAAAAAUGUUGGGCACGCUCAUGUCGAAGCCCAGAAAUGAACUGGAUCAAAAGUUGGAUCCUUUAGACAUGGCCAAACUGGAUCUGAUGUCUGCGUACACACUCAAUUCUUUAUUCUGGAUGUAUUUGGUAACACAAGGUAUCAACCCAAGAGAACAUGGCAUCAAACAAGAACUGGAGCGAAUAAAGACUUAUAUGAACAGAGUGAAAGCCAUCACGGACAAGAAGAAGGCGGCUCGUCUGGAUAAAGGUGCCGCCGGACGCUUUAUGAGGAACGCCCUCUUUGAUCCGGAGGCAAAGCCAUCCAAAAAAAAAGCAGCGGACAGCAAAACACCUGACGCGAAGCCAGCAAAGCGGACAAAGAAAAACUGACUGUAUUACAAGCAUAGUCAAAAUUUAAUAGAUUUUUUUUUUUUAUGAUAGUUCUGCAACUUUUAAGAGGAAAGUGAUUCUGUGAAUCCAGUCAGUAUUACAUUUUUUGUUGUCUUUUGCAUUACUGUGUGUUGCUUCAAGGAAUGAAACUUGAAAUAAACACCUGCAUUCAUGAUGGAAA